AUGUUUCGAUUAUUUCUUGCCCUAAGCUUCGUUUUUAUCCUGGGUACCUUUGCAGUCUCAAAGAACCAAUCGGUAAAUGGGAAUUUUUUGUCAGGUUCGAAGAAUGGAACACAGCAAGUUCAGUGUGGAAAGUCUGUUUUGAAGGACAGUUGUUCCUGCCGCGACGGUAGAGACGGCAGAGAUGGCCAAAACGGAAAAGUAGGCCGCGAUGGACGCGACGGGAAAAUGGGAGCAAAGGGUCAAAAAGGUGAAACCGGUCCGGCUGGUAAAUCACCACAAGGUGCCAUCAAGUUUGGUGACACCGCUGAGAAAUGUACUCUGCGAACUGCUGGCACCGUUCGUUACAAUGCUUCCCAAAAUGCUUUGCAGCUCUGCGAUGGAAGCGCUUGGUUGCCACUUGUGACUGGAAAGAAAGGUCACGUGGCUAGCAGACCUGGCCGUCACUGUAUGGAUAUCCUAAAAACAGGUAGCAGUGAUGGUAGCGGACUUUACUGGAUCGAUCCAAACGGAGGUUCGUCAAGUGACUCGUUCCAGGCUUUUUGCGACAUGGAGACUGAUAGUGGAGGUUGGACACUAGUUGCCACGAAGAUGUCCCCAAGCUUCCUCUUCAUCACAACAGCAUUCUCAGCGUCAGCGGCAAAAACCACAGACGCAGAUGCAGCGAGUCACAUUCACCCUGACAUGGGAGACUGGGAAGAGGUCUUGUUCCGGUUUCAUGACUUCAAUACUAUCCGAGUAAUUUAUAACAGGAAGGCAGGCGCUCCAAAUAAGGACAAAACAGACUUCGACAAGUUCCUGAUGGGGACGACUACCGCGAUAAAUAAGAACAUCUACGGGUUUUACAAGUACAGCCCGACAGAUCACAAUAAGAGAAAUCCCUCUUCUGGUUUUGCCACAAUUUCCCAGCUGGUCAUCUAUUCAAAAUACGGAAUAUCUGAAACUCACCCUGGCUCAGACAAGUGGAUUGACAUGUGGGAUAGAGCUGACAGCUCAAACAACUACGUCACUUCCGACGACAGCCGCGCGCGUGGUACCAAGUGUAUCGCGGGCUACUGUUAUCUGAACAAACCAAUCUGGGUAAUGGUGCGAUAGG